AUGGGGGAAGAAGGCGGCGGCCGCAGCUGUGGGACCACUAGGGAGCUGCAGAAGCUGAAGCAGCAGGCGAUGGAGUACUACCGGGAGAACGACGUUCCGCGCAGGCUGGAAGAGCUGCUCAACUCAACCUUCUACCUACAGCCUGCGGACGUCUACGGGCACCUGGCAAACUGCUUUUCGAAACUUGCAAAGCCUCCCACCAUAUGCAAAAUUGUGGGGAAAGACGUACUGGAUGGAUUAGGGCUUCCAACCCUGCAAGUAGAAAUAUUCUGCACAAUUCAAAACUUUCCCAAGAGCAUAUGUUCUGUGGUGAUCUCAACUCACUUUGAAGUCCAUGAGAACACUCUGCCCGAGCUGGCCGAGGUGGAGGAGGCAGAGAGGGCCAGUGCGGUCAGCACCGCCGUGCAGUGGGUCAACGGCAACAUCACGCACGAGCUCCAGGGCAUCGCACCCUUUGACCAGGCAGAGGUGGAUCAACUACUCAGGAAAUUCUUUGCAAGUAAAGUACAAGAAGAUAAGGAGAGAAAAGAACUGAAAAAGAGCCUGGAAUACUCAACAGUGCUUAUACCUCUACCUCCAGUACCACCGCCACCACCUCCUCCACCUACCAAAAAAAAGGGGCAAAAGCCAGGGAGGAAGGAUACUGCUACAGAAAAACCUAUUACACCUGCAGAACCUGUUGAACCUGUACUCAGUGGCAGUAUGGCCAUAGGCGCUGUGUCACUAGCUGUUGCCAAAACCUGUGGCAUGCUGCUUAAUAAUCCUCUGUACUUAAAUAUUGCUCUACUGAAGCACAAUCAGGAACAGCCAACAAUGCUAUCUAUGCCUUUGCUGAUGGUAUCUCUGGUCAGCUGUGGGAAGUCAUCAUCUGGGAAGCUAAAUUUAAUGAAAGAAGUGAUUUGUAUACCCCAUCCUGAAUUAACAACCAAACAAGGUGUUGAGAUGCUUAUGGAAAUUCAGAAACAUAUCAACAAAAUAAUUGAAAUGCCCUCUCCUCCAAAAGCAGAGACAAAAAAAGGGCAUGAUGGAAGCAAAAGAGGUCAACAGCAGAUCACUGGCAUGAUGUCCCAUCUUGGCUGUUUAACCAUUAGCUGCGACACCAUAGAACAGCCACUGGUUCUAAUACAGGGAAUCUGUGCAAACCUGGGGCUAGAACUGGGAACAAAUCUGCAUCUAGCUAUCAACUGUGCUGCUCAUGAGCUGCUGGACUAUAGUAAAGGAAAGUAUGAAGUGAUGAUGGGCACAUACAAAAAUGCAGUGGAGAUGGUUGACCUAUAUGUGGAUCUGAUCAACAAGUACCCUUCAAUUAUUGCCUUAAUUGAUCCUUUCAGGAAGGAGGACUUUGAACAGUGGGACAGCAUCUGUCAUGCACUUGGUUCCAGGUGUUACAUAAUUGCAGGAACCGCAUCCAAAAGCAUCUAUAAACUUCUAGAGCAAGGAAACAUCAGCAUCCCCAAAUCCAGUGGGCUGAUCAUAAAACACACAAACCAAACUACAAUGUCUGACUUGGUGGAAAUAACCAAUCUGAUUGACAGUAAGAAGCACAUCGCUGUCUUUGGAAGCACAGAAGGAGAAUCAUCUGAUGACAGCCUUGUUGAUUUGGCUGUUGGGCUUGGUGUCCGGUUUAUCAAGUUGGGGGGUCUUUCCCGUGGUGAACGGGUGACUAAAUACAACCGCCUUCUCACUAUAGAGGAAGAACUUGUCCAGAAUGGAACACUGGGUUUCAAUGAAGAACACACUUUUUUCUACUUUAAUGAGGAAGCUGAAAAGGCGGCAGAGACACUUGAGGCUGGGGAGCUGCUGGAACCCCUGGAGCCCACCUUUCUCACACAAGGUGUAGAGGGAUCAGCCGAAACAAGAGCAUCCUCUGGAUAGGGCUGUACACACCCCAGGUUUCAGCUGCACCAUCAGUAUUCGCAGACUGCAAGGUCUGAAGUAUGGCACCGUGUCUCCACAUCGAGUUUCCUCUUAAACUUCACCAACUCCUAUGGUUUUGAUUCUUUUAAUUCCACUGCUUGGUAAAAUACAUAUUUGGUGUUUUUGCCUGA